AUGGGUACAACACUCCCCACCAUCCAGAACUUCACAAGGAGGAGCACAGCCAGGGCAAAGAGGAUCAUGAGUGAUCCCCACCACCCAGGUUGGGGCUCUGCUAUGAAUCAGUCUGAGGACAGAGACGAGGGAGCCCCUCCCUCUAAAUCCACUCUGUGUGGGGAACAUGAAGACCAGACCAGGAUGGACCAUGGUGGAGAGCAGAGGUCAAAACCUGGUGUGAAGAAGUACCUUUCAGCACGGUCCAGGUCUGAACUGUCCCCAGAAGCUGCAAAUCCUGUCUGGAUGGACCAGAUCCAGACCAGGAUGAGGUGGACUGAGUGUUUGUGUAAGGCCCCUCCCCCGCUAUCAGGGGCAGAAACAGAAACUGAGACCGGUUGGGGCUCUGCUAUGAAUCAGUCUGAGGACAGAGACGAGGGAGCCCCUCCCUCUAAAUCCACUCUGUGUGGGGAACAUGAAGACCAGACCAGGGUUCAUCAGCAGGCCUCUGAGGGUCCCAGUGGUCAGACGAACCUGGACUCCACAUUUAGACUGCUGGAGGAGAACAUUGUCAGUUAUGUGAAGAACGAGCUGAAGAAGAUUCAGAGAGUUCUGAGUUCAGAUUACCCAGAAUGCUUAGAGAGACAGAGGGCGGACGAGGAGAGAAUCAUCUCCCACAUCAAGACAUCCAGAAGCCUCCACAUCAUGUGCCACAUCCCAGUCUUCUGCUGGAUCACUGCUACAGUUCUGGAGGAUGUGCUGAAGACCAGAGAGGGAGGAGAGCUGCCAAAGACCCUGACUGAGAUGUACAUCCACUUCCUGGUGGUUCAGUCCAAACUGAAGAACAUCAAGUAUGAUGGAGGAGUUGAGACAGAUCCACACUGGAGUCCAGAGAGCAGGAAGAUGAUUAAGUCUCUGGGAAAACUGGCUUUUGAGCAGCUGCAGAAAGGAAACCUGAUAUUCUAUGACUCAGACUUGACAGAGUGUGGCAUCGAUAUCAGAGCAGCCUCAGUGUACUCAGGAGUGUUCACACAGAUAUUUAAAGAGGAGAGAGGACUGUACCAGGACAAGGUGUUCUGCUUCGUCCAUCUGAGUGUUCAGGAGUUUCUGGCUGCUCUUCAUGUUCAUCUGACCUUCAUCAACUCUGGAGUCAAUCUGAUGUCAGAAGAAAAAACAUCCAGGAUGUCUAAAAUCUUUGGAGACAGACAUAAACUAAAACGUCUCCACCAGAGUGCUGUGGACCAGGCCUUACAGAGUCCAAAUGGACACCUGGACUUGUUCCUUCGCUUCCUCCUGGGUCUUUCAUUGCAGACCAAUCAGAAUCUCUUGAGAGGACUGCUGGCAGAUAAAGGAAGUACCUUACAGACCAAUCAGAAAACAGUCCACUACAUCAAGACGAAGAUCAGUGAGGAUCUGUCUGCAGAGAAAAGCAUCAAUCUGUUCCACUGUCUGAAUGAACUGAAUGAUCAUUCUCUAGUGGAGGAGAUCCAACAGUCCCUGAGAUCAAGACGUCUCUCCACAGAUAAACUGUCUCCUGCUCAGUGGUCAGCUCUGGUCUUCAUCUUACUGUCAUCAGAAAAAGAUCUGGACGUGUUUGACCUGAAGAAAUACUCUGCUUCAGAGGAGGCUCUUCUGAGGCUGCUGCCAGUGGUCAAAGCCUCCAACAAAGCUCUGUUGAGUGGUUGUAACCUCUCAGAGAGAAGCUGUGAAGCUCUGUCCUCAGUCCUCAUCUCCCAGUCCUCUAGUCUGAGAGAGCUGGACCUGAGCAACAACAACCUGCAGGAUUCAGGAGUGAAGCUGCUGUGUAGUGGUUUAGAGACUCUGCACUGUACACUGGAAACACUCAGGCUGAGUGUCUGUACCCUCUCAGAGAGAAGCUGUGAAGCUCUGUCCUCAGUCCUCAUCUCCCAGUCCUCUAGUCUAAGAGAGCUGGACCUGAGCAACAACAGCCUGCAGGAUUCAGGAGUGAAGCUGCUGUGUAGUGGUUUAGAGACUCUGCACUGUACACUGGAAACACUCAGGCUGAGUGUUUGUACCCUCUCAGAAAGAAGCUGUGAAGCUCUGUCCUCAGUCCUCAUCUCCCAGUCCUCUAGUCUGAGAGAGCUGGACCUGAGCAACAACAACCUGCAGGAUUCAGGAGUGAAGCUGCUGUGUAGUGGUUUAGAGACUCUGCACUGUACACUGGAAACACUCAGGCUGAGUGUCUGUAACCUCUCAGAGAGAAGCUGUGAAGCUCUGUCUUCAGUCCUCAGUUCCCAGUCCUCCAGUCUGAGAGAGCUGGACCUGAGUAACAACAACCUGCAGGAUUCAGGGGUGAAGCUGCUGUCUGCUGGACUAGAAAGUCGACAAUGUAGACUGGAGACUCUCAGUCUGUCAGGCUGUCUGAUCACAGAGGAAGGCUGUUCCUCUCUCGCCUCAGCUCUGAGCGUCAACCCCUCCCACCUCAGAGAGCUGGACCUGAGCUUCAAUCAUCCAGGAGACUCAGGAGAGAAGUUCCUGCUGGCUGUACUGGAGGAUCCACUGUGGAAACUGGACACUCUCAGGAUGAACCAUGGGGGAGAGCAGAGGUUAAAACCUGGUGUGAAGAAGUAUUUCUGUGAACUCACACUGGAUCCAAACACAGCAAACAGAAACCUCAAACUGUCUGACAACAACAGGGAGGUGACACAUGUAACGGAGGAUCAGUCAUACCCUGAUCAUCCAGACAGAUUUGACAAAUAUCCUCAGCUGCUGUCUAGAAAUGGUCUGACUGGUCGCUGUUACUGGGAGGUUGAGUGCAGAGGAGGUGUUGACAUAUCAGUGUCUUACAGAGGAAUCAAAAGGAAAGAAUACAGUAAAGAUUGUUUGUUUGGAUGGAACAAUCAGUCCUGGAAUCUGACCUGCUGUGAUGAAGGUUUCUCUGUCCGUCACAAUGGCAGUAAAACAGCUCUCCCUCUCUCCUCCUCCUCCUCUGUCUCUAACAGAGAAACAGUCCGUCCUCUCUCCUCCUGGUCCUCUGUUUCUAACAGAGUAGCAGUGUAUGUGGACUGUCCUGCUGGCUCUCUGUCCUUCUACAGAGUCUCCUCUGACACACUGAUCCACCUCCACACCUUCAACACCACAUUCACUGAACCUCUGUAUGCUGGUUUUGGUUUGUGGUCUUAUGGUUCUUCAGUGUCUCUGUGUUCUCUGUAGGAGGGACUUCAGUCCUGGAGUCUUUAUGUUGGUGGA